GAGGCGGGGCCUGAGGGGUGCGCAGCCAAUAGGGAGCGAGGGCGCGCGGCGGGCUCGGAACCGGCCCGGUCCCGGUGCGACCCCGGUUCCAUCCCAGCCUGGUACCGGAGAGGUCCCGGUUCGAUCCCGGUCUGAUCCCGGUCUGAUCCCGGUGAGAUCCCGGUGCGAUUCCGGUUCCAUCCCAGCCUGGUGCCGGAGAGGUCCCGGUUCGAUCCCGAUCUGAUCCCGGUUCGAUCCCGGUGCCAUCCUGGUUCGAUCCCGGUCCGAUCUCAGUCCGAUCCCGGCGUGAUCCCGGUCCCAUCCCGGUUCGGUCCCGGUCUGAUCCCGGUUCGGCCCCCCCGGGCCCAUGGAGCCGGCCGAGGUGGAGUUCCUGGCCGAGAAGGAGCUGGUGACGAUCGUGCCCAACUUCAGCCUGGACCGGAUUCACCUGAUCGGGGGAGAUCUGGGUCCCUUCAAUCCUGGUUUGCCCGUGGAAGUUCCUGUGUGGUUGGCCAUUAAUCUGAAGCAGAGGCAGAAGUGUCGGCUCAUUCCCCCAGAAUGGAUGGAUGUUGGGAAACUGGAGGAAAUCCGGGAUCAGGAGCGCAAAGAGGACACCUUCACCCCAAUGCCCAGUCCCUACUACAUGGAACUCACCAAGCUGCUGCUGAACUAUGCCUCUGACAACAUCCCCAGGGCGGACGAGAUCCGGACGCUGGUGAAGGACACGUGGGACACGCGCAUGGCCAAGCUGCGCCUGUCCGCCGACAGCUUCGUGCGCCAGCAGGAGGCUCACGCCAAGCUGGAUAAUUUAACCCUGAUGGAGAUCAACACCACGGGGACUUUCCUUACCCAAGCCUUGGAUCACAUGUACAAGCUCCGGACUAACCUCCAGCCUGGCGAGAGCUCCCACUCCCAGGAUUUCUGACAGAGAGCUGGGAAGGAGCUGGAGCAGCUCCCACCUCCCUGCAGGGACCUCCCAGCCCUCAAAUCUCCCCUCUGGAAUUGCUCCAGAGCAUGGCCAGAGCUCGGUGCUGGGCGGAUCUCUGGGGUUGUACUUCAGCAAGGGAACUUCUGAGGGCAGCACAGGCCACACGCUGCCUUGAAAGCCAUAAAUUUCGAGGCGGUGCUUCCAUGGAUUUUCUCAGAGCCUUAGGGAAAAAAAAAAAAAGAGAGAGAGAAAAAAAAAAGGAAGAUGUGCUGGCAAUGAGGUGUCUGCUGGGGAGAUCAGCUGGGAAGCAGAUCCAUCUGCUCUUUGGAGAAGGACAAAAGAAAAUGGUUUUCCCUCUCAGAUACCAGGCUGUGGGGGAAUACCAGCAUAUCAUCCAUCUUUAUUUUUGUAGUAUUUGGGGUUUUAAUGUGAAACUUGUCUGUAAAA